UGAAUAGUUACCUCAUCAGUCAGUAUAUUAAUUUAACAUGCCUCCUCGUCUCAACUUCAAUUGCUCUCGGGCGCUUUUCCGCAGAAACUUAACAACCACCCGCACCCGACUGAACACCGGUAUGCCGCCGCAUCCACCAACCCAGCAACCAGAAACAAGUGCCUACAAGGAAGGAAUGUCGCGCUACAAAGUCUUCGCCAGCCCGUUUGCAAAGGUCUUCCUGGGCGCCGUCUUCACGUACCAGGUUAUAUACUGGACCUGGGUGAAGUUGGAGAUGGAGGAGGUCAAGGUUGAGAAGAACCAGCAACUCGCUGCCUUGGAGACGGAGGCAAGAGAGCUGACCGGGACUGGGAAGAAAUGAAAUGGUGAGAUUGGUAUAUGGUAUAGAAUGUAUUCCAAUUUGUUAGUAUAUGUAUCAAGUACUUUUCUUUAUAACAGCUUCCACGCACAGCC